CAUUUCCACGCUAAUAUCACACAAACAACAAUGGGCAACGCUUUUGGAGGAAAAAGAAGCGUCAAAAUAAUGAACAUCACCGGCGAAACGUUCAAGCUCAAGACUCCGGUCCAGGCCAGCUCGGUUCUCCAGAACCACCCGGGCCACGUGCUGCUCGCCUCGGACGCGGUCGUGCAUUUUGGCGCCCGCGCCCAGCCGCUCGAGCCGCACCACGAGCUCAAGCCGAGGCGCCUCUACUUCCUCGUCGAGCAGCCGAGCCUUCCGGAGGCCGGCAUGAUGCGGAGGGUGCGUUCGGGGGUCCACAUGACCGCCAAGGACCGCCUCGAGAGCUUGAUGCUCUCGCGGAGAUCGGCAUCCGAUAUAUCCGCCGUGAGGUCGGCGGCGAGCGUUGAUGAAAGCGGCGGAGUCAGAGUCAGGCUGCGCCUGCGCAAGGCGGAGGUGGAGAAGCUGAUGGCUGAGACUAAGGAUGGUGCUGACGUGGCCGAGAAAAUUGUCGGCCUUUGCAUGACCGGAGGCGGCGGCGCUACGGCUGAGCGCGACGUGCAUUGCGGCGGCGGUGCUCGGGGAUUGGCGAGACAGGGCACGAGCAAAUCGCGCGAGGAGAAUUGUAGUGCUGAUGAUGUGGCAGUGUGAAGGCUAUUUGACGGCUAUUUGACGUCCGCCAGCAUUGGAGAUGCUAUUAGUCUUCCUCUACCAGAUGCAAAUGCCCUCACCAAACAUAUACACUGUAGUUAUAGUUCUCUAGAAUAUUUUUUAUUUAAUCUUUUUUUACACUAUUAAUUUGAUCACAAAUUCAAUUAAAUUUGUUAACUCCUCUUUUUGAUGAUACUUGUGAUGUAGUAUUA